GUUGAAAGUUGUGUUAAUUACUCAAUAAAUUCGCAAUGCAUAAAAUAAAUGUUUUUAUUUUAAUUUUGAAAAUAGUCGUUUGUGCAAAUUUUAAUUUAACAAUAAUUCAUUUCAACGACUUUCACGCCAGAUACGAACCCAUUGAUAAUUUAUCAACAACUUGUGAAGGUGAAACUUGUAUUGGAGGUUUCUCAAGACUGUAUUCAAAAAUCAUACAAUUAAAAAAUGAAAUGCCAAACUCACUUUUACUAAAUGCCGGGGAUAAUUUCCAGGGGACUUUGUGGUACAUUGUGCAUAAAUGGAAUGUUACCCAACACUUUUUAAAUAAACUACCGUUUGAUGCAAUUACCCUUGGAAAUCACGAAUUUGACGACGGAAUUGCCGGUUUGGUACCCUACUUAAAUCACAUCAAAGCACCAGUUGUCGUAUGUAAUAUUGAUGAUAGUAAUGAACCUAGCUAUCAAAAUUUGACCAGGAAGAGUGUAAUUGUUGAAAAAGAUGGCAAAAAAAUUGGAAUUAUUGGAGUCCUUGUUUCUUCAACUAAUCUGACAUCUCGUACCGAAAAUUUGAUAUUUCAAGAUGAAUCAGAAUCUGUAAAUACUGAAGCAAAAAAAUUACAAAAUCUUGGUGUUUUCACGAUUAUUGUUCUCUCACAUUGUGGUUACGAAGCAGAUUUGGAAAUUGCCCAAAAAUCCAAUUCCAAGAUUAGUGUUAUAGUUGGGGGGCAUACUGAUACUUUUCUUUACAGUGGAACUCCAGUUCCUGGUCCAGAUAAACCAUCAGGACCUUACCCUACUCCUGUUUUAAACAGGAAUGGUGAUACAGUUCUGGUUGUACAAGCAUCUGCAUACACUAAAUAUCUUGGUGAUCUUAACGUGAUUUAUGACGAGUUUGCUAAUGUAACAGGUUGGGGCGGGAACCCAGUAUUUUUAGGACCACAAAUAUCUUCAGAUGCUGAGAUUGAUGCGGAUUUGGCAGUUUGGAAAAAAGAUGUAGACUCAGAAGGUAAGAAAGUUGUAGGAAACUCUAAAUACGCUAUGAGAAAUAAGCCAUGUCGGUCAGAAGAAUGUCCUCUUGGAAAUUUUGCAACAGAUGCAAUGGUUGAAAAUUAUAAAAAUAUGACACAAAAAAACGCGUGGAAUUUUGCCACAGUCGCCAUGAUUCAUGCUGGAGGAAUGAGAGCCGGUAUUGAAACAGGAAAUAUUACGUUCAAUCAAUUAAUAACAACAUUUCCGUUUCAAGACACAAUCAACAUAUGUGAAAUAAAAGGAGAACAUUUGGUCAAAAUUUUGGAAAGUUGUGUUGAUGAUAAUCAUUUGAAGUGGCCCCAUUUGUUUCAAGUAUCUGGUUUAAAAAUCGUGUUCAACGUUAGUAAUCCUGAAGGUGGAAGAGUUCAAUCGAUAAAAAUUCGUUGCAAAGAAUGUAUCGAACCUAUUUAUGAAGAUCUCGUUUUAGAAGCAUACUAUCGCGUUUUAUUGCCAACUUUUUUAACUGAUACCGAUUUUAAUCCAUUAUUUAAAAAGUACAUUAAAAAUAAAAUAAUUGGUGAUCGAGACUCAGAUGUUUAUGUGAGGUACUUGGAAAAUAAUUUUCCACUAUCGGCAAAAGUAGAAGAUAGGAUUAAAAUUGUAUCUAGAGAAAGAAUAUAAUGUAUUGAUAUUUUGUUUUUUUAAUUGUAUUCGUAAAAAUCAAUAAAUAAGAAACAC